AUGCAGACAAUCAACAACAUCUACGAGGUGAACACACCGAAAGCACAACUGUCAGUGUUUCAUGGACCGGCAGAUCCUCCUUUGGUGACGGUAGCAUUGGGAGAGUUUCUCGACAUCCAAUGCGAACGAUAUGGAGAGCGUGAAGCUCUUGUCUUUCCAUGGACCGGAACACGAUGGACAUACAAUGACUUGAAAGAGGAGAGCUCAAAGCUUGCAAGAUAUCUCUACUCGAGGGGCAUUCGUCCUGGGGAUAGAGUAGCGAUUCUUGCUGGCAACAGAGUUGAAUAUGCUUCAGUCUUCUUUGCGUGUAUGCGUAUUGGUGCCGUGCUGGUCAUCCUGAACAAUACCUACACCAUUCCUGAAGCACAGUAUGCUCUGCAAUAUACAGGUAGGCUCUCAAGAUUGUCCCAUACCAAAUGCCACCGAUUUGACCAUAUUCUAGACUGCAAGGUUCUCUUUGCGACACCGACGAUUGGCAAACACAUCGACAACUCGAACAUGCUCAGACACUUCUCGAACAGCGACGAGUUACCGGCAUUGCAACAGAUUAUCAUCCUCGCAGACAACCUCGACAACCUACUACAUUACCAAGAUGCCAUCAAGAUCGGAUCACGGCUACCCAAUGAGCCCGUCAAGCAAGUGCAAGACAGUCUUUCACCCUACGAGACAUGCAACCUACAAUUCACAAGCGGUUCGACCGGCCACCCCAAGGCAGCCAUGCUUACACAUCACGGUCUGCUGAACAACUCGCGAUUCAUCGGCGAUCGCAUGAGCUUGACAGCAGAAGAUGUGCUUUGCUGCCCACCUCCUAUGUUCCACUGCUUUGGUCUGGUACUGGGCAUGCUGUCAUGUCUCACACACGGCGCAAAGAUUGUAUACCCCUCAGAGAUCUUCGACGGACCAUCAGUAUUGCAGGCAAUCACCGACGAAAGAUGUACUGCUAUCCAUGGUGUACCAGCCAUGUUCGAUACUCUGUUCAGCCUGCCUCGUCCCGCAGGCUUCAACUGCGAUAGACUGCGCACCGGCAUCAUUGCGGGUGCUCCUGUACCACGCCAUUUGAUGGAGCUUCUUGUCAACGAGUUCGGCAUGACCGAAUUCACCAGCAGCUACGGUCUCACCGAGGCCUCACCAACCUGCUUCAACGCCUUCGUCGACGACUCCAUCGACCGCCGUCUCACAACCGUAGGCACCCUGAUGCCCCACGCCCACGCCAAAAUCGUCGACAAGAACAACCGCAUCGUCCCCGUCGGCACCCGUGGCGAACUCUGCAUAGCCGGCUACCAGCUCCAACAAGGCUAUUUCCGCAAUGCCGAGAAGACAGCCGAAGCUAUGGAGCGCGAUGCAGAUGGUGUAUUAUGGUUGCACACAGGCGACGAAGCAGUUUUCGACCGUCACGGCUACUGCUCCAUCACCGGCCGCUUCAAAGACAUCAUCAUCCGCGGCGGCGAAAACAUUUACCCCCUCGAAAUCGAAGAACGCCUUAUCAAGCACGAUGCCGUCGAGCGCGCCAUUGUUGUCGGUCUGCCUCAUACCAAGUAUGGCGAAGUAGUCGCUGCAUUCUUGCAACGCGCAUCUGGUGCUUCCAAGCCUAGUGAUGAGGAAGUUCGCGAGUGGACCAGACAGACUUUGGGCAGACACAAGGCACCCGCUCAUGUAUUCUGGCUCGGCGAGAACGGAGUCACGGAUCAAAUCCCCAUCACCGGUAGUGGCAAGAUCAAGAAGUUUGAGAUGAGGAAGAUUGGACAGGAUUUACUUGCUUCCAUGCCCAAGGCUAAGCUUUGA